GCCACGUGCACGAGCGGCCAGGCCAGCGGGACGCCCUGCCUGCUCCCUUCUCUCCGUCGGAGCGCAGCCAGUCAGAAAUGUCUGUCUUCUUCAGAAUGAAGAAAUGCAAAUGCUUCCAUAUUUGUCCAAUACGAUGGCGUAUUUUAAUACUGUUUUUAGUGGUUGUGCUGCUCUGGCUGUUCAAAGAUGAUUGGAUUUUAUUCUUUCACCAAGAUAUGUACUUUGUAGAACUGUUUUUAAGCACCUCGUCAUUUGUGAAAAACAGGUACAGCCAUGUAAAUCAAUAUGACCAAUAUACAAUUAAUUGUUCCUACAUCUAUGAUCAAGAUCCCACGGAGAUUGGAAAGUCUUUAGCGAUAAAGAGAAAAGAGAUUAUUGAUUUAGAAGAUGAAGAUGUUAUAGCAAUGACCAGUAACUGCCAGCAAUACCGAAGAAUUAGAGAAUAUCACCUAAAGGCCGUUUCUCCAGAAGAGGAAGAAUUCCCUUUAGCUUAUUCUCUGGUUGUUCACAAAAAUGCCAUAAUGGUUGAGCGGCUCAUUCAUACAAUUUAUAGUAGUCAGAAUGUCUACUGUAUCCAUUAUGAUCAAAAGUCAUCUAACACUUUCAAACAGGCUUUGGAGAAUCUGACCAAAUGUUUCUCUAAUAUAUUCAUUGCAUCCAAAUUGGAAGUGGUUGAGUAUGCCCAUAUUUCAAGGGUGCAGGCAGACUUGAAUUGUUUUUCUGAUUUAUUGAAAUCUGAAGUUCCAUGGAAGUAUGUAAUUAAUUUGUGUGGCCAAGAUUUUCCCCUGAGAUCAAACUUUGAGCUGGUAGAUGAACUUAAGAGACUUAAUGGAGAUAACAUGUUGGAGUCUGUCAGACCAAGCAGUAGUAAAAAACAAAGAUUUACCUAUCACCAUGAACUUCAAAAAAAGUUUUAUCACUCCAUGAAGAUGCCUGCGAAAACUAAUAUUCCAAAGAGUCCACCUCCACACAAUAUAAAAAUUUUUGUAGGCAGUGCGUACUUUAUUUUAUGUCGAGCUUUUGUACAAUAUAUUCUUGGCAAUUCCCAAGUUCAAGAUUUUUUUGAAUGGUCAAAGGAUACUUAUUCACCGGAUGAACAUUUCUGGGCAACUCUUCUUCGUAUGCCUGGAGUACCUGGACAGGUUUCAAGAGAAGCUGACGAUAUCACAGAUCUUCAGAUCAAAACCCGUUUGGUAAAAUGGUACUACUAUGAGAAUGUGCUCUACCCUCCCUGCACUGGUGCAUAUCUUCGCAGCGUGUGCAUCUAUGGAGCUGCAGAAUUCAGAUGGCUCCUCAACCACGGGCAUUGGUUCGCCAACAAAUUUGACUCAAAAGUGGAUCCUAUUGUAAUAAAAUGUUUGGCAGAAAAGAUUGCCAAGCAGCAAAAGCAAUGGGUUCGUUUAGCUUCCGAAAAACGUGUGAUGCACAACGGGUCCCUCCUAACAGUAUAGAAUAGUUAUGAGUAGAUUAUGUGGUAUUUUUAAAGUGCGGAAUUGCUCACUUGCAGUUAUGAUGGUAAUAGAAAAGUACUUUUAUGGCUCAUUCUCAUAUUUAUGACCUUUGCAGGUCUGUAAGGGGAAAAAAAGCCAAAGUAAGAUCACGAGCCCAAGUACAGUUUCACUAGGGACUCCUUCACUUAAGAACCAAGUUUCCAGUCCCAAUUGUGGUUAGCAAACAAGCACUAUCUGUACAACUUCAGUAAUAAAAGAUUAAAGAGAAUGAGCUUAUUUAUAUUUGUUUAAGCCAAUGGGUCUCAAGCCUUUUAACUUCUUCCAUUUACUUCAUAUGUUUUCCCUUUAACCAGUAUAGAUUAUUCUUGUAUGUAGCUUGGAUGCUAGGCCAAAACUAAAAGAAGAAGUAAAGGAAGAACAAUGGUGCUCUGAUUUUUUUAAAGCCAAGUGCAGGGAAACAUUAAGGCAAAGCAACAAUCACUUGAGCCAGUCACUCCCUCUCAGUCCAACCCAUCUCACACAAUUAUUGUGGGGAAAAUAGAAGGAAAGAACAUUAGCUAUGUUCGCCACCUUGGCAGGAUAAAAAUCUAAUAGAUACGUAAUAAUAAACAGAUUAGAACAAAAGGCAGAUUGCCAAGUGCAGGUCAGGCCCUAGAAGGGCAGGUGCUUCUGUGCAAACCCGAUGCUCAGGUUCUCCUGAAGCCCAGGCCAAAAUGGGCAUGAAGGGCAGCAUCCUGUGUCCAAACGUUGUGGCUACAGCAUCUUCACUUACCCAAUAGGUCCUUGGCAGAUGCCAGGUGCAGACUGAAUUAAGACCAAGGUUAUGAAUUCAGUCUUGUAGAUAAUUAGUAGGUCAAGAAUUGUGUUGGGAGAAGAUGAAAAACACUACCUGAAAUUGGAAUAGCUGAAGACAAAUUUAGGUUGUCUUCCUAAUGAACUGGGAAUAAGACAAAGGUUGUGUCAUGAGGUCAUGUCUUCUAAAAAUGGACAGUAGGUUAGCUUUAUGCCAAAGUGAGCUGGAAGAAACGAUGAGAUCCCAAAAAUGCUAUUAAAUAUUCAAUGCUUUGAAAAAGUGUUCUGAUCGCUGGUGUUCAAUGCUCCCUCAGAUUUUGGUGCAUGUGGAGUUUUUAUCUGCACAAACUCUGGCCCCUUAUUAAUUUUUCACUCUUAUCUCCAUCCCCAGAACUGUCUACACUUUUCAAACUACUGGUUUACACCAUGUGAAAUGCUUGAUCAGAUUCUUUUGCUUACUGUCUUAUUUACAAAAACUGAGUUUGAGAGUGGAGAAGAUGGAUUGACUAUACUCAAAAUAAACAUGGGACUAAGAAAUUCCAGAUAGCUUAUGA